CGGUUUAAGGGAAGGUUUGCGGAUGGCGUGGGACAGCGGUAGGUUGGUCUGUAGCUGGGUUUGGAGUCCUUUGAAAGCCAAAGUUGUGAGGCGCGUGCUGGUUUCCUGCACUGCGCAACAAGUGGGAACGCCGCCGCAGCCAUCCGAGGGUGCUGUGUUGUGGUAGUGCUGGUCGUUUUCUCUUCGCUCCGCUGGAAGCCGGGAACGGCUCUUCCCAAUCCUCUCUGCCACCCAGAGCAGGGCUAGCAGCCCCACCGAAAGACCGCACUCGUCCUACUAUACAGCCCCGGCUUUGCAAGAAGCAGUAAUCUUAGCUUUUCUGGUUGGAAAAUCAACGUAUUACGCAGCUCCAGAUGCCGCCUUAUGAAGAUCUGACUUCACCUAUUUAAAAAUAUGCAGAGAAAGCCCAAAGCAGAGAAAGGGCAUGGGACUGGAGAAGACAGCCAGUAAUUCUUACUCAGUGGAUACUUUGGACCCGGUGCCACGAGCAGAGGGGAGUUCAGGUCUGGGCUGUGGCAGUUGUUAGUUUCUCGUUGACAGUCCUGGUCUCUUGGCAGUUGUUUUUGUCUUGCGUGUGGAAUGGGUGAUAUGGCUGGAGCUAGAAGACUGAGUCUGUCCGGGACUUUGUUGGGAAUUACCUUUGGGAUCUUGGGCAAGGCUCAUUCCCUGCAGCCUUAGUAUCCUUGCCAGACAAGCAGGGAUAUUACAUGGAUCAGAUACAAUAAUGAGUUGUAAAAUGGCUGUGUGGUCUUUAAAAAACAAAACAAAAAAAUACUGGUGGUGCUUCCACUUUUGCAGCAUCUAAGAGGGAUGACAAGGUUGCCCACAUCCAAUAUAUCCCACCCACUCACAAGUUGUGGGAUCCUCCCAACCAGAGUUAGCUUAAGAAGGAGUAGACUUAAUAAGGACUUGGGCCUCCAUGUAUGUGGGUUUGUGUCUGGCUAGACCAGGCAGAAGCUUAAGGUGAAAAACACUCAGCCCAGGGCCAGGCCAACAGUGGACCUAGGAGGUUUGUUUUGUUUGUUUUAGUCUACAUCUGCAGUGAGUCAUUGCCACUUGUCAAGGUGAAAUGGCAAAUCUGGGCUUCCUGUGGUUCCAAAGUCUGUGAGUGGAAAGCCACAAGUGAGCUAGUGGUUGAAGCUGGUUAAAGGACAGCCCAGGUAUCCCAGAAGUGUUUAGGGAUCUCUUCCUUGACAGAGAGAAGAUAAUGUUUUUAGAUAAAUCUCAUGGGUGUCCUCAGCAUUCCUUUUCAAAGGAUACAGUCAUUAAACUUAAGGUGGGAUCAACUUAGUCUAUCUAUCUGUCUUUACCCAUUUUGAGUUAGGAUGGAGAGAAGAGAGAGGUUCUUUUGUCUUUUUCUAUCUUCUUCCUUCCCCUGUUUCCUUCCCCCUGGUCCCCACUCACUCACAUGCACCCACUAACCUUGAAGCCGAUGGGAUUGAUUGACUGGCACUUGGGACCACAGAGAAAUGUCAGACUGUUUGGUUACAGACUCAAGGAAACUUCUCAUUUUAGAGUGCUCAUUUGGUUUUAAGCAAAAUUUUGGACUGUGAAUCAGGGCAUUGGGUGACGACACAAUGGCCUCACCAGCUGAUAGCUGUAUUCAGUUUACCCGCCAUGCCAGUGACGUUCUUCUCAACCUUAAUCGCCUUCGAAGCCGCGACAUCUUGACUGAUGUUGUCAUUGUGGUGAGCCGCGAGCAGUUUAGAGCCCAUAAGACAGUUCUCAUGGCCUGCAGUGGCCUGUUCUACAGCAUCUUCACAGACCAGUUGAAAUGCAACCUCAGUGUGAUCAAUCUGGAUCCUGAGAUCAACCCCGAGGGGUUCUGCAUCCUCUUGGACUUCAUGUACACGUCUCGACUUAAUCUGCGGGAGGGCAACAUCAUGGCUGUGAUGACCACAGCCAUGUACCUGCAGAUGGAGCAUGUUGUAGACACUUGUCGGAAGUUUAUCAAGGCCAGUGAAGCAGAGAUGGUCCCUGCGAUCAAGCCUCCCCGUGAGGAGUUCUUGAACAGUCGGAUGCUGAUGCCGCAGGAGAUCAUGGCCUAUCGGGGUCGCGAGGUGGUGGAGAGCAACCUGCCACUGAGGAGUGCCCCUGGGUGUGAGAGCAGAGCCUUUGCCCCCAGCCUGUACAGCGGCCUGUCCACACCACCAGCCUCCUACCCCAUGUACAGCCACCUCCCUGUCAGCAGCUUCCUCUUCUCUGACGAGGAGCUGCGGGAUGCCCGGAUGCCCGUGUCCAACCCUUUCCCCAAGGAGCGAGCCCUCCCCUGCGAUGGUGCCAGGCCGGUCCCCAGCGAGUACGGCCGGCCAGCCAUGGAAGUGUGCCCUGGUGUGUGCCACGGCAGCAUCUACUCGCCCAAAGAGGCAGCCCUGGAGGAGGCUCGGAGCGACAUGCACUACAGUGUGGCCGAAGGCCCCAAGCCCGCAGCCCCCUUGGUCCGGAACCCUCCAUACUUCCCCUGUGACAAGGCCAGCAAGGAGGAAGAGAGGCCCUCCUCGGAGGACGAGAUCGCCCUGCAUUUCGAGCCCCCCAGUGCGCCUCUGAACCGGAAGGGGCUGGUGAGUCCACAGAGCCCACAGAAGUCCGACUGCCAGCCCAACUCGCCCACGGAGUCCUGUAGCAGCAAGAACGCCUGCAUCCUCCAGACCUCAGGCUCCCCUCCGGCCAAAAGCCCCACCGACCCCAAAGCCUGCAACUGGAAGAAAUACAAGUUCAUCGUGCUCAACAGCCUCAAUCAGAACACCAAACCGGAGGGUCCUGAGCCAGGGGAGCUGGGCCGCCUCUCCCCGCGAGCCUACCCCGCCCCGCCGGCCUGCCAGCCGCCCAUGGAGCCCGAGAGCCUUGACCUCCAGUCCCCAACCAAGCUCAGCGUCAGUGGGGAGGACUCCACCAUCCCGCAGGCCAGCCGGCUCAAUAACAUCGUCAGCAGAUCCCUGACGGGCUCCCCCCGCAUCAGCAGCGAGAGCCACUCGCCUCUCUACAUGCACCCCGCCAAGUGCGCCUCCUGCGGCUCCCAGUCCCCGCAGCACGCAGAGAUGUGUCUCCACACGGCCGGCCCCACGUUCCCCGAGGAGAUGGGGGAGACACAGUCCGAGUACUCAGAUUCCAGCUGUGAAAAUGGGGCCUUCUUCUGCAAUGAGUGUGACUGCCGCUUCUCUGAGGAGGCCUCACUCAAGAGACAUACCCUACAGACUCACAGUGACAAACCCUACAAGUGUGACCGCUGCCAGGCCUCCUUCCGCUACAAGGGCAACCUCGCCAGCCACAAGACUGUCCACACAGGUGAGAAACCUUAUCGUUGCAACAUCUGUGGGGCCCAGUUCAACCGGCCAGCCAACCUGAAAACCCAUACUCGAAUUCACUCUGGAGAGAAGCCCUACAAAUGCGAAACCUGUGGAGCCAGAUUUGUACAGGUGGCCCACCUCCGUGCCCACGUGCUCAUCCACACUGGCGAGAAGCCCUAUCCCUGUGAAAUAUGUGGCACCCGUUUCCGGCACCUCCAGACUCUGAAGAGCCACCUGCGAAUCCACACGGGAGAGAAACCUUACCAUUGUGAGAAGUGUAACCUGCAUUUCCGUCACAAAAGCCAGCUGCGUCUUCACUUGCGCCAGAAGCACGGCGCCAUCACCAACACCAAGGUGCAGUACCGCGUGUCGGCCACCGACCUGCCUCCGGAACUCCCGAAAGCCUGCUGAAGCAUGGAGUGUCGAUGCUUGUCUCUCGAGCCCCUUCUCAGAAUCUACCCAAAGGAUACCGUAACACUUUACAAUGUUCAUCCCAUGAUGUAGUGCCUCUUUCAUCCACUAGUGCAAAUCAUAGCUGGGGGGGUGAGGGGUGGGCAGAGGGGCCCGGGGGUCUGGGAGCAAAGGCAGCUCCCCUUCCCCCACUGCCAUAAAACAUUAAGAAAAUAAUAUUGCUUCUUCUCCUAUGUGUAAAGCGAACCAUGUCAGCAAAAGGCAAAAUCAUUUUAAAUAUCGAAGUGGGGGAGUAUGCAAAAGUUCUGACUUGACUUAGUCUGCAAAAUGAGGAAUGUAUAUGUUUUGUGGGAACAGAUGUUUCUUUUGUAUGUAAAUGUGCAUUCUUUUAAAAGACAAGAGUUCGGUAUGUUAUCAAAGAGAGGGCUUUAAUUUUUUUAACCAAAGGUGAAGGAAUAUACGGCAGAGUUGUAAAUAUAUAAAUAUAUAUAUAAAAUAAAUAUAUAUAAACCUAAAAAAGAUAUAUUAAAAAUAUAAAACUGCGUUAAAGGCUCGAUUUUGUAUCUGCAGGCAGACACGGAUCUGAGAAUCUUUAUUGAGAAAGAGCACUUAAGAGAAUAUUUUAAGUAUUGCAUCUGUGUAAGUAAGAAAAUAUUUUGUCUAAAAUGCCUCAGUGUAUUUGUAUUUUUUUGCAAGUGAAGGUUUACAAUUUACAAAGUGUGUAUUAAAAAAAAAAGAACAACAAAAAAAAGCUGCAGAAGGAAAAAAAUGUGUAAUUUUGUUCUAGUUUUCAGUUUGUAUAUAACUGUACAACAUGUCCUCACGGUGCCUUUUUUCAUGGAAGUUUUCAGUGAUGGACAAGUGAGCGCCAUCCCUUUUUUGAAGUGUAGGCAGACACAGGGACUUGAAGUUGUCACUAACUAAACUCUCUUUGAGAAUGUUUGUCUCAUCACAUUCUGCGUCAUGCUUGUGUUAUAACUAUUCCGGAGACAGGGUUUGGCUGUGUCUAAACUGCAUUACGCGUUGUAAAAUAUAGCUGUACAAAUACAGAAUAAAGUGUUGAAAAGUCAA